GUUUUUGGGGUCUAUAUAUAUUACGUGUUGAACGCUAAGUGCGACGGCUAGCGGCGGCGAAGUUCCGAGGAGAGAAAUCGAAGCGCUUCUCGCCACCGCUCGGCCAAAAUGGGUAUCUCGCGGGACUCCAUGCACAAGAGGCGCGCUACUGGGGGCAAGAAGAAGGCAUGGAGGAAGAAGAGAAAGUAUGAAUUGGGAAGGCAGCCGGCGAACACAAAACUCUCCAGCAACAAAACAGUGAGGAGGGUUCGAGUGCGAGGAGGCAAUGUGAAGUGGAGGGCCCUCCGGUUGGACACUGGGAAUUACUCAUGGGGGAGUGAGGCUGUGACUCGCAAGACCCGUAUCCUUGAUGUGGUCUACAAUGCUUCGAACAACGAACUUGUGAGGACGCAGACCCUUGUGAAGAGUGCCAUCGUGCAGGUUGAUGCUACCCCCUUCAAGCAUUGGUACCUCCAGCAUUACGGUGUCGAGAUUGGUAGGAAAAAGAAGGCCCCUGCAGCCGCCAAGAAGGAGGCAACAGAGGUACCGGAGGGUGAAGCUGCAGCAGAGGAAGCAAAGAAGAGCAACCAUGUAACCAGGAAGCUGGAGAAGCGACAGCAGGGCCGUACACUUGAUCCCCACAUCGAGGAGCAAUUUGGUGCUGGAAGGUUGUUAGCUUGUAUUUCUUCACGCCCUGGCCAGUGCGGGAGAGCUGAUGGAUACAUACUGGAAGGAAAGGAGCUUGAGUUCUACAUGAAGAAGAUCCAGCGAAAGAAGGGCAAGGGUGCAGGAGCUGCAGCUUAAGGGGAAGCCAAUUAUUUCUGGUACACUGCAGUAAGUUUCAGAAUGAUAUAGUUGUGCACUUGCCUGUUUCAGGUUAGGGUUUUGUAUUCCAAGGGAUGUUUGCAUAUGGAAAUUUUGACAAACAUCGGCUUUUCAAGAUGUUGAGAUUUAAUUGUCACAUUUGACAAAUUUCUAAUCAAUUGUUCUGGGUACAAAUUUUUGUGA